CAAAAAAAUAUAUUUGAUUUAAUAACAAUGUCAAGAAAUAUUAUUAUUAUUUUUUUAAUUUUUUUUUGCAACAACAGAACGUAUUUACACUCCCAUUAAGAGUUUAGGACUGAGCAAGAGAGGCAAAGAUUUUGUGUGGCAGAGCCGUGUCGAACCGAUGAAAGGGAAGUUGCUGCUCUUGCUUCUUCCCGUUCUGCUCGCCGCAUCACCUGCCGUUAAUUGCAAAUCGGACGGCAUCGAAAAAUGGCAGAUCCUUACAAAGCAGAACUUCUCCUCAGAGAUCCGUCUUCACCCCCAUAUACUCCUCCUCGUCACCGUUCCCUGGUGUGGUGAGUCAAGAUCCAUAAUGAGGGAAGUAGGUCACUUGGUUACGGCCAGAGCAGAGGAAUAUGGCUCCUUGAAGCUGAUGUUUAUGCACAGAAAUGCAGAAAAGAUGCUAGCAAAUGCUAUUGGUGCUAUAGAGAAAAUAACAAUUUUAUACUAUCACCAUUCUUUAUCUUAUAAGUAUCGAGGGAAACUUCGUGCCCAAAAUAUACUUUAUUCGCUUCAUUCUUAUCUACCAGUUUUGCCUGAUGAAGUUCCCCUCAUCAAGACCUUGAGGACUCCUCAAGACUUGAACAUUUUCCUUGAAUCAACUGACAAGGCUUUACUUCUCCUGGAAUUUUGCGGAUGGACCCCUGUGUUAAUGGCAGAGGGUAAGAGUAAUGGAACCAAAAUGGGUUUCGGCAUGCAAGGGGAUUCUUCUGGAUCGAGCUUCAGUGGAGAAAUGGACGGAAAGAUGACACCUAGAGGAAAAAGUAACCAACAGAAACAGGCCAUGGAAGAUGCAAAGCUGCACUGUGACAUGAAAGAUAGCUCCCGUGGCAUUCCAUGGUUUGGUGAAUGCAGCUCCAUAAAUGACACAGAUACUUUCCAAGAGACUGAGGAUAAGCCUGGAGUUGGUUUGUCAUGCACUUUUGAAGAGUUUCAAAAGUUCAGCUCUUUCUUCCCUGGGUUCAUGACUGUUGCAAGGGAGUUCUUUUUGCCUCCUGAAAGACUUAGAUUUGGUCUUGUUUCAGAAAGAUCAUUGGUUUCAUCUCUUGGUUUACACGAUGCGAAUUCAUGGCUGGUAAUGGUUUACCUUAGUGGAUGUCCAAGUUGUUCAAAGAUUCUUAAACCAGAGGAUGAUAUAAGGAGUGUUUUGCAGAUGCAUAAUCCAAUUCUUCGAGAGCUUGACAUUGACGGGGUAGAGCCUGCUGUACCUGGAAAUAAGGCAUCAAUGAUUCUGUUUGUGGAUAGGUCAUCUGACUCAUCGGAAACUAGAAGAAAGAGUAAAGAAGUCCUUGAUGCAUUCAAAGAACUAGCACUAGAUUAUCAGAUGGAGCAGGACCAAAUUGACAAGCCUGAAAUGUCAUUUGUCAAGGCUUAUCAGGAAGCAAGCGGUUUCAAGCGACCAAUUAUCACGGGUAAGAAAAUUUUAAAGGAGAGGAUGUCAAUCAAGAUUAUAGAGGAUGGAAGAAAGGUUGAUUUAAAUAAUAUAGCUUCAGAUCUGCAAGGCAACUCCUUGCAAGAGAUUUUGGAACUCCUUCUUCAGAAAAAGAAGAAAGCAAAGCUUAGUUCAGUUGCAAAGGAGUUAGGUUUUCAACUCUUAUCAGAUGAUCUUGACAUUAAAGUCACAGAUAUUUUACCCUCUCAAAAGGGGGUUCAGGCUUAUGAAACUUCAUCCGUACUGCCCGAGGAAAGUCUCGAUAGAGAUGUUUUUGCAGAGAAAGAUCAGUUUCCAGAUGCGGAAAGUGCUUCUGUUCCAGGUAACGAGGAAAGAUCCCAAUCUUCCUCUCAGCAAGAUGAAGAGAAGAUGACUUAUGAUGAUACAAGUUUGGAGUUACUUUCCACAAAAUCUGAGCGGCUAGUAUCAGAUCAUGGAUUUGUGAAGGCGGGAAGUGGUGGUUCUUCCCAAGAAGACGAGUCAGGGAGACACCAGCAUCAAUUUCAGAAGUUUGAGGGCUCUUUUUUCUUUUGUGAUGGUAAUGACCGGUUACUUAGAGCUCUGACAGGAGGAUUAAAGAUUCCAUCCGUGGUCAUAAUUGAUCCAAUUUUGCAGCAACAUUAUGCAUUCCCAAAAGAGACUAUUUUAAGCAAUUCUUCCCUGGUGGAUUUUCUUAAUGGGUUUCUUAAUGGAAGUCUUAUUCCUUAUCAGCGUUCAGAGAUUAUUAAUGACAGACCUAGGAAGGCGACUGUCCCACCGUUUGUAAAUCUGGACUUUCACGAGGUGGAUCCUAUUCCUCGAGUUACAAUUGAUACGUUCUCUGAGCUGGUUAUUGGUGUUAACCAAUCUUACAAUGAAAAUACCCCUGAUGCUUGGAAUAAGGAUGUCCUGGUGCUUUUCAGCAAUAGUUGGUGUGGGUUUUGCCAAAGAAUGGAGUGGGUGGUUCGUGAAGUAUAUCGGGCAGUAAAGGGAUACACAACCUGUCUGAAAAGUGAAUCUAGUGCUGGCCCAAAAGUUCUUUCUGGUGCAGAAAACUCAAAGACUGUUCUUGCAAAGCUUCCAUCGAUUUACUUGAUGGAUUGCACAUUGAAUGACUGCAGUGUGAUCUUGAAAUCUAUAGAUCGGCACGAAGUUUAUCCUGUGGUGGUGCUUUUCCCAGCACAAAGUAAAACUGCAAUCUCUUACGAGGGUGAUAAUACGGUUGCUGAUGUCAUCAAGUUUAUAGGUGCUCAUGCAACUAAUGCUCAUCACCUCAUCGGGGAGAAGGGAAUUCUGCGGACUGUUGCUGAUAGAGGAGGUAGGCAGCAGAAUUUAUUUGCCGACCUAUCUCCCGCUGCACUUCAUGGGGAAGCUAAUUUCGCAAAGGACAAGUUCCAUGAAGUCCUACUAAAGACUCGAACACCAAAACGAGACCUUGAGCAGAAGUCAUUCAAACCUCAGACUGCAAAUGGAAUGCAUGAAACAGCCCCUCAUGUCGUUGUUGGCUCCAUGCUUAUUGCUACUGAAAAGGUAACCGUACAGCCAUUUGAUAAUUCAAUAAUACUUAUCGUGAAGGCAGAUCAAAAUACUGGAUUUCAAGGUGUGAUCAUUAACAAGCAUAUUAGCUGGGAUUCUCUACGUCAGUUAGAGGAAGGUCUAGAUAUAUUAAAAAAGGCUCCUCUAUCCUUUGGGGGUCCACUAGCAGAGUAUGGAAAGCCUCUUGUUGCUUUAAUUAAAAGAGGUGGGGUGAUGCAGCACCCGGAAGUUGAACCAGGAAUUCAUUUUCUUGAUCAGAAAGCGACAAUUAGUGAAAUGGAAGAGCUGAGGUACGGUCGACAACCUAUUACGGACUACUGGUUUUUCUUGGGAUACUCAAGUUGGGGUUGGGAACAACUGUUUAAGGAGAUUGCCGAAGGAGCAUGGAGUUUGAAUGAUAAAAGUGCUGCGGAAUUAAAUUGGCCGCAUAAUUGACAAUUCGAUCUAUGCUUUUGUUGCAUCAUCCUAGAACUUUGAAGGUACUGGGGCACAGAAUGAGGACCUAAUGAGUGGUAAGCAUACAUUUCCCCGUGUUAUGACUUGUGCAACCAAGGUGCUGGUGUAAUGAAUUCGUGGUUAGCAGGAGAAUCGUAGACUUGCUGAUAAAAAAAAAACUUGGCUAAUUUGUUAUGUAGAGGCUAGCUUGAAUUUUGUGUUGGAACAUCAAUAGGUUAUCUUAGUGUUGAUGCCAUCUUUACAUUUUUCAUUAAUUUUUUGAAGUUAAAUAAAGUUUCUUUUGCAUAGCA